UGCAUGUGUCAACUGGAUGGGUAUUUGAUUCUGGAUUUCCGCUCUGUUAACUUGAACUAAUACAAGUAUGGAAGAGGAUCUGUUAAACCUGAAGAAACAGCUCAUGGAAAAAGACGACGAAAUAGCAGCUUUAAAAAAACAACUCCAGGCUAUGCACCAGACCUCAAAUUCAAUACAGGAGGAUUUACAUGAUCACGUAUCGACUUUGUCUCCUCUACACAACUUAUCUCUAACUAAUGAUCACAUUAUGAGAUACAGCAGGCAGCUGCUCCUGCCAGAGCUCGGCGUUAAAGGUCAAAUUAAUCUUUCAAACACUUCUGUUUUGGUGGUGGGAUGUGGAGGGUUAGGCUGUCCUCUUACCUUAUACCUGGUUGCUGCAGGAAUAGGGCGUUUGGGGUUGCUGGACUAUGAUGAGGUGGAACUGAGUAAUUUACACAGGCAGGUCCUGCAUACAGAGCAGAGUCAGGGUCUGCCCAAAGCCCAAUCUGCAGCACAGACCCUCCACAGGAUUAAUUCUGCAGUGCAUUGUGUGCCAUAUCAUCUUCAGCUGUCCUCUGAGAAUGCCUUACAACUCAUCCAACAGUAUGACAUUGUUGCUGAUUGUUCUGAUAAUGUCCCCACACGCUAUCUUGUGAAUGACGCCUGUGUUCUCAUUGGCAAGCCUUUAGUGUCAGCUAGUGCGUUGCGAAUGGAAGGCCAGCUCACUGUGUACAAUUAUGAUGGAGGACCCUGCUACAGAUGUAUAUAUCCUGUCCCCCCACCGCCUGAGACUGUCACAAACUGCUCUGAUGGUGGAGUUUUAGGAGUAGUGCCUGGAAUCAUGGGCUGUCUCCAAGCUCUAGAGGUUCUGAAGAUUGCGUCUGGCCAGAAAUCUUCGUUUGGACAGCAGCUGCUGAUGUUUGAUGGUCAGGAUGGUCGGUUUCGCUCUAUAAAACUGAGAGCUAAGCAGGCAGGCUGUGCUGUGUGUGGAGAGACACCCACAGUCACAGAGCUGCAGGACUACGAGAGCUUCUGCGGCUCUGCAGCUACAGAUAAGUGUAGAAGAUUGAAUCUUUUGUCCACAGAACAACGAAUCUCAGUGCAGGAGUAUAAAUCCAUUGUGAAUAGUUUGACUCCUCAUCUCCUACUUGAUGUUCGGCCCAAAGUGGAGGUGGAUAUUUGUCAUCUGCCAACCUCAAUCAACAUUUCACUUGCUAGUUUAGAGGAAUGUAAGACAGAUCAGGUUAAUCUGCUGAAGAAGAAGAUUGAUGAGCUGAAACAACAGAUCAGCGCAGAAUCACAAGUCCUAGUGUUUGUGGUGUGUAAAUUGGGAAAUGACUCUCAGAAGGCAGUACAGAUCCUGGAAAAGAUGUCUGGAACUGAACUGGAUCGCAUCACUGUCAAAGACAUCACUGGAGGCCUUAUGGCGUGGGCUAACAAGAUCGAUCCUAACUUUCCUCAAUAUUAACUUGCUUUUAGUAUGUAUUUAUCUUAAGUAAAUAAAAUAAACGGUUUUAUGUA